AACCGCGGGCGGCAAGAUGGCGGACGAGCUGGACCGGCUGCUGGACGAGGUGGAGAGGCGGCUGUGGCACCGGCACGGCGGCGAGGAGGAGGAGGCCGCGGCGGCCAAGGAGGGCAGAUCAGCUAAAGUGUUAAUGAGUGUCGGCAGCAGCGAAGAAGAUCUAGACGACAUUAUUGAUGAAAUCUGUAAUGACAGCAGCUUUACCAAAACACCUCUGAGAUUGAAGUCUAAUUCUGCAAGUCUCACACCUGAAAGAAAUAGUGUUGUUCCACAGGCAUAUGGGAAAAGAUGCUGUCCAGUGUACCUGGGUGGAAGCCUUUCACCAUCUGGGAUAGGAACAAAUAUUUCAAAAAGGACGUGUGAUCAGCUACGUUGUACUGCUUGUGACUUCCGUGUGUCACUUUUCAAUGACUACGUCUGGGAUCAGUCCUGUGAUUAUCUUUUCUUCAGGAAUAACAUGCCUGAGCUCAGUAAACUAAGAGCAAAGAUGAUAAAGAAAAAAGGAGCACGUGCAUAUGCUUGUCAGUGCAGCUGGAGAUCCAUUGAUGAAUUAACUGACCUCCAAACAGAGCAGCAGCUUCGAACCUGCGGAGGCCCAGCAGUGUGCCUGGGAAAUCUGGCAGUGCUUCUUCAGUGCUCCAGACUGCACCUUCCAGUGCCCAUGCAGCCUUGCUGUAGAGUCAGAGGUGAGUUGGCUUUGGAGAGGUACUUCUUGGCAUGAUGGUAGGGACAUAUUUAGGGGCAUGUAUAGUUUUCAGUGAAUUUAGUAUUUCAGGCUGAAGUUUCCACCGCUAGAGUCCAAAACUGCAGGUUCAGGACCAGAGACCAGUUGACUAAUGCUCAGUCAGCUCUUAGAAGAGCUCUCCUUGCCUUUUUGUCCUCUAUGAAGAUGUAGCCCUGGUCUGGGCUGUAUGCAGUGAGUGUCUCUGGGUGUUCUUCAGGUGGGCCCCAGCAACUUUCAUCCCUAGAGAGCAUCAGUGCUAGAAUAAGAACCCAGCAGUCGGUAACAAGCUCUGGGGAAGAGGAAACCUACUUUCUGUUCUUCUUGGAGAAUGCAUUUGAAAAAGUGCUGAGUUACCUUGGCUUUUCUGUUCCAGGGCUAUUUGGAACUCAAGACCAAGUAGUUCCACAGGGUGUCUUUUGGCCAGAAUGGAAGUGGAACUUGUGCCACAGUGUAGAAACAAGCUGGGCUUGCAACCUGUGAGCAGGAAGUGGGGAAAAUCCUAAUUCCCACCUCAGUUCAUGAGACUGAGUCUUAUGUGACUUGGAAAGGAAGUACCUAAAAAUUCCCCUGAAAUAAUCAGGUUUAUUCGAGUGUUGUUAGCUCAUUUCUGGCCUUGGUCAGAGUAGUGGGAUGUGAUAGCUUUUGUCCAGGGAAGUUGUGAAAAGGUACAGAAAUAGUGCUUUUUAUACAGGUUUUCAGAAUUUAUCAUAUUUCUAGAUUCAAGAAUGAUUGCUCUGUCAUGAGAUAGAAAUAUUUUGUUGAAAGGAGGAGCAGUAUUAAAUUAGAUUUCCUUUCCUUUGCUUUCUUCAGUUACAUGUUAUAAACCACUCCAAAAUCCUCGGAUGAAAAGAAUGUAAAGAAAGAUAAAACUAGAGCUUGAAUGUUCAUUUGAUGAAGGUAUUGUCAGAUUGUACAAGGUUUUCAAUAUGUAGUCCAGACCCUAAGUGAUAUUUCUGUGUUGGUUAUCUGAGAUAGCAGGGAUUAUGUAGAGAAUUCUGUUUAAGAAUAUGUAAAGAUUCCUGUUUAAGAAUGGAAUUCAGCUGUUGUCAAAUGGAAGUACCAGAGAACAGUGUUGCUAAGUAUAAAUGUGACCAUUGUUUUCCUCCAUUUUUUUGCUUUGUAAAAUGGGCAAGGUGAAAAUUUUAGGCUUUUAUUUUGCUUACUGAUAAGCUUGGAGAUUUUCUAACCAGUCCCAUUAGUCUGCAGCAGAUCCCUCAAAAAACAGAAGUAAUGAAGGAUGACAAAAUGAGAUUCCAUUAAAUUUUAAUAUACUGCUCUGACUUACCUUUCACUUGUUUUACCUGCAAACUAUGGAGGAUGAAUAUGGUUCAGAAGAGUCAUUAUUAAGAAUCAAUUGAAGUUAACUUACAGAAGCAUAAUAACAUUACAUAUUGCAAGCUCUGCACCGUAUUAUAUCAAAUAAAGAUUUUUUUUUUUCCAAACACCUAUUGUUGUUUUGUACUGAAGAUAUUCUGCAAAUGCUGCCACUUGCUGAAAGACUGCCACUUCUCUUGUUUCAUGUGAGUCAUUGGGUCACAUAACCAGCACAUGUGGUAGUCACAUAAUACAAGAAGUGCUAUGUUGAGAGCUGUGUACGUAAAUUUUUUCUUCCUGCCAGGCUCUUUUUUUGGAAGAUCUGACGUUCUGUCUGUGGUGUUACACCUGCUAACUGCAGGCAGGUGGAGUAAAGGAGUGUCAGGUGCAGGUCCCGCUUGUUUAUGAGGGCCCCAUCUGAUGCCUAGGGUUUGGCAUGUGUGCUUUGAGAAAGUUUUUCAAAUGUCAGCACUUAAUAAAAUGAAAAGUUGGAACUAGUCUGAA